AUGUUGCAUAAGUUCGUGUUUUUAAUUAUUUUAGCCGCUGCCAACGGCUUAAGUAAUGAAAAAGUUUUAGCCUCGAAACUAAAACUGAACGAUGGCAGAGAAAUACCCGCACUAGCGCUAGGCACAUGGCUGGGGAAUAAUACAAAGCCCUCAGCAAACGAAGUGGAAUUAGCGGUCGGAUGGGCAGUCGACGCGGGGUAUCGCCACAUCGACACCGCCUACGCAUACAAGGUCGAGGAUCAAGUCGGCAGGGCGUUGGCGAAGAAGCUGCAAGAAGUGCCCAGGGAUGAGCUCUUUAUUACAACUAAGCUAUGGAACGACCGACACGCACGAGAUGCGGUGGUGCCUGCUCUCAAGGAGUCCUUGCAGAAAUUAGGUCUGGAUUAUAUCGACCUCUAUUUGAUUCACUGGCCCAUCGGACAGUUCGCUAAUUUGUCUUCUGACAACACGGAUUACCUUGAGACUUGGCGUGGCAUGAUGGACGCCAAACAAAAGGGGCUGGCAAAGUCUAUCGGGCUGUCCAACUUUAAUGAGCAAAUGAUUGACAGGAUCCUGGAUAAUGGGCUGGAGUUACCUGCUGUAUUACAAGUGGAGGUAAACCUAAACCUUCAGCAGCCGGAAUUGCUUAAGUACUGCAAGGAUAAAAAUAUUGUCGUAAUGGGAUAUACGCCAUUUGGGUCGCUAUUCUAUAGUAAAGCAAAGCCCAACUCCCCGCCACCGCGUAUUGACGAUCCCACACUCGUCAAUAUAGCGAAAAAAUACAAGAAAACUGUCCCUCAAAUCGCACUUCGAUAUCUGAUUGAACUUGGCGUUAUUCCCAUUCCAAAGUCGUUAACGAAAUCCAGAAUAGAACAAAAUAUUGGCGUAUUCGACUUUCAAUUAACAGACGAAGAGAAAAACGUUUUGAAAUCGUACGACCGAGACUAUAGGACUAUACCUCAACUUAAAUGGCUGGACCAUCCUUUCUAUCCGUUUAAAAAGAAUAAU